AUGUCCUGCCCCGACUGCUUCGCCGGCAGCAUACACGAGGGCCAGCCCAAGGGCCAAAUCACCAAGCUCCACGGCCUGGACGUAUACGUGAGCUCUCCACCACAAGAGCCGUCCAGGCCGUCCAAUGGCAUUGUGAUUAUUGUGCCCGACGCCUUUGGCUGGGAGUUUGUCAACAACCGGUUGCUGGCAGACCACUAUGCCGAGAAAGGGAAUUUCACGGUAUAUUUACCGGAAUUCAUGAACGGCCAUCCGGCCCCCCUUAUUGGUCUCACUGUUAUUCCGAAAUUAUUCCAAGGCGGGGUUUGGGGAUGGUUAACGAAGCCGUACUGGCUUAUUCGCACCCUACAGGUGAUGCUUCCAUUCCUGAUCCGCAACCGGCUCGGCAAGAGCUGGCCCAUAGUCGAAGGCCUUUUCAAAGCCGUUCGCGAAAACGAGGGCUCGAAUGUCCCCAUCGGAGCAGCGGGAUUCUGCUGGGGUGGGAAACAUACUGUUUUGCUCGCCCAUGGUGGUGGAUCAAACACUACUACCAUCAACAACAACAACAACAACAACAACAAACCAUUAAUUGACGCUGCUUUCACGGGUCAUCCAAGCAUGCUGAAAUUUCCAGAGGACAUUGACAAAAUCACAAUCCCCACUUCGUUUGCACUUGCUGGCCAAGACGUGACCGUCGACGCUUCCAAAAUCGAGCAGAUUCAAAGGGCCAUUGAGAAACAACCAGAAGAGAAAAAGGGCGAGUCUGUAAUCUAUCCGGCGACUGGACACGGCUUUUGUGUGCGAGCAGAUCACAUUACCAAAGAGAAAGAACGUGCUGCAGCGGAAGCUGAGGACCAGGCUGUUGCGUGGUUUUUGAAGUGGUUUGCUAGUGCCGUGUAUUAA